AUGCUCAUCUCCCCCUCAAAAAUACAUGCCGCCCUCACAGACGUCCUCUCCUCCAAUCACGCCAAUGGUCCCCAUACCGCCCUCCUCAUCACACCCCAGGGCCGCCUCAUGAGCCGCGCCUCCAUCAAUCUCGACGACGAAGAUUCAGACGACGGCAAUGGGGCGCCCAAUGGCAAUGGAGAGGGUGUGGAUGAGCCGUACUUGGAUCCUCCGGCACGAGUGAGACUGUUGCUUGGACUGGCGAGUCAGUGGAACGAGGGAAGUUCGGCAAAAAUGGAAUGCGAGCUCGGAAGAUUACAUUUCACGAGUCUAUCGCUUGGGGCAUCCGAGACGCCUUCACCUUCGGUUGUGAGCCAAAAGCUGUUACCAGAGUCCAAGCCGGCCAAGGUGGACCGGUUACUAUUGGUCCUGAACGGACGUGGCACCGGCUGGGAUGUUUUGGCUGCCAAGUCUGAGGAGUUUAAGAAAGCUUGGAAAUCAUAA